UUCCUUUCCCAACACCUCCAGAGUCAAAAGCAAACUCAAUAGUCUCAAUAUGGGGAGAUUAUGCUUCUUCUACUUCCUCUCUAUUCUAUCUCUUCCGAUCAUCUUCCCGGCCGUCGCGGCUUUACCACUACACACCAGUUCACGGUGGAUUGUGGACGAAGCCGGGCAACGGGUGAAGCUGGCGUGCGUGAAUUGGGUGACAAAUCUCGAAGUCGCGGUGGUUGAGGGUCUCAGCAAGCAGCCCGUGGACACCAUCUCCAAGAGGAUUCUGUCCAUGGGUUUCAAUUGCGUUAGGCUCACUUGGCCUCUUUACUUGGUCACCAACGACUCGCUGGCUUCUCUCACUGUACGACAGUCGUUCCAGAGUCUUGGGCUGUCGGAAGCCAUCGCCGGUUUCCAGGCCAAUAACCCCUCCAUCAUUGAUCUUUCCCUCAUACAAGCAUACCAGGCAGUGGUCUCUAGCCUGGGGGCUAACAAGGUGAUGGUGAUAUUGGACAAUCACAUAAGCAAGCCAGGUUGGUGUUGCAGCGGCUCGGAUGGGAAUGGGUUCUUUGGCGACCUGUAUUUCAACCCAGACCUCUGGAUUCAGGGACUGGCUCGGAUGGCCGCCUUGUUUAAUGGCGUGCCCAAUGUGGUUGGCAUGAGCUUGAGGAAUGAGCUCCGAGGCCCUAGACAGAACGUGAAGGAUUGGUAUAGGUACAUGCAGGGAGGAGCAGAAGUAGUGCAUUCAGCAAACCCAGAUGUUCUUGUCAUUCUAUCCGGCCUGGGCUACGACAAAGGCCUGUCAUUCAUCCGUAAUCAACCAAUGAAUCUCACUUUCACUGAAAAAUUAGUAUACGAGAUGCACUGGUACGAGUUUUCAGACAAAAAGUCAUGGGAGUCCGGCAACCCGAAUCAAGUGUGUGGGAGAGUGGUAAACAACAUGAUGAGACUGUCAGGAUUCUUGUUGGAGCAGGGUUGGCCAUUGAUCGUGAGUGAGUUUGGGAUGGACCUGAGAGGUAACAAUGUGAAUGACAACAGGUAUAUGAAUUGCUUUCUGGCUUUGGUAGCCGAGCUUGACCUCGAUUGGGCCAUUUGGACACUUGCUGGGAGUUAUUAUUUGAGAGAGGGCAUAGUUGGGUUAAACGAGUUCUAUGGGGUGCUUGAUCAGAAUUGGUGUGAGACCAGAAAUGCAAGCUUCUUGCAGAGGAUCUCUGCUCUCCAAUCUCCUUUUCAAGGACCAGGCCUAUUAGAAACUAAUCUACACAAAGUGAUUUUCCAUCCAUCCACGGGUCUCUGUGUCCUAAGAAAAUCUUGGCUUGACCCACUAACAUUGGGUCCCUGCACCAGUUCUGAUUUCUGGAAAUACACACCCCAAAAAACUUUAAUAGUAAAGGGAACUUAUUUCUGCUUACAAGCAGAAGGAUUGGGAAAGCCAGCAAGACUAAGUAUAACUUGCACCGACCCUAAUUCAAAGUGGGAAGCCAUAUCAGAUUCUAAGAUGCAUCUCUCAUCCAAGGUUGGGAAAGAUUCUGUCUGCCUGGAUGUCGACUCCAACAAUAUUGUUGUCACAAAUACUUGCAAAUGUUUGAGCAGAGAUAACAUGUGCGACCCAGGAAGCCAGUGGUUCAAGCUUGUUGACAGUACAAGAAGUCCAAGUUCUGCAGUGUUCUUAAGAUAAGCUCGAUCUUGGCCUGUCCAGGAUUUUAUUGUACUAAGGAAUAAUUUCAAAUCAUUAUCUAGAAACUCAUCAUGUUCAUAAUCCCUUCGCCCCGAAAUGACCUUGCGAAAUCCCAAUUCAUUUGGGCCUUUGGAUACAAUCAAAUAGAAGGUCCCGAGGUCGCCAUAUUCUAGGAGCCCAAACUAAACUAUGUGAUUGAAUAAAUAAAAAAGGUUAAUGUUAUUUGGUUGAAGAAGCUUUUAGAUC